AUGCAUGCUGCUAAAAAAUCCAUGAAAAUCAAAAAGAAGAAAUACAGAAAUAAAGCUUCCAAUGUCUGUAAUAAAAAAUGGUUCGACAAAGAAUGUCGACUACAAAGACAUUCAGUAAGAAGACUCGCAAACCAAAAACACUGUGAUCCCCUUAACACCGAAAUAAGGGACAAAUACCUUGCCACACUUAAGAUUUAUAAAAACACUCUAAAACGCAAAAAAGAACUUUUCCACGAAAAAAAACUAGAAGAACUGGAAAGAGUUUCUGAAAAUGACCCAAAUUCCUUCUGGAAAUUCUUAAAGAACAUGAGUGAUGACUUUGGGGACCCUUCCAUGAGCAAACCAGAUGUCUCGGUUAACAGCUGGCUCACUCAUUUCCAAUCCCUGCAUGCUAAACAUACAUUAGAAACAGAACAGAAUAACAUUUUACAAAAAUUAACAAAACUUGAAGAAAAAACACCAAAUAAUUUUCUUGAUGAACCUAUUUCUGAAGCAGAAGUUUUGAGUGCUGCAAAGACAUUAAAAAACAACAAAUCUGCUUAUUCCGGCAAGAUAAAAAACGAAAUGCUGAAGCAUAGCGUCAAAAUAUUACUUAAAUUAUACCAUAAACUUUUUAACCUCGUUUUAAAAACAGGGCAUUUCCCAGAUCAAUGGUGUGAAGGUCUCAUUGCGCCAAUUUUUAAGUCAGGAGAUAAAACUGACCCCAAUAAAUACAGAGGAAUUUGCAUGACUAGCUGUCUCAGUAAAUUCCUUUGUAGUAUUUUAAAUCAACGGUUAAGUAAAUUUAGCAUUGAUAGAAACAUAAUUCGCCCCUCCCAAAUCGGAUCCCAGUCAGGCCACAGAACAGCUGACCACAUUUUCGUCUUAAAAAACAAUAAUUGA